ACAGUGGUGAGAGUAACCCCACUAUAAAUAAGGCUCAACCCCCACUUCCUCGCACUCAUGUUACUUCCUUGGUAACAACAGCAGGAGUUGUAAGACCACAGUGCCAGUUUUGCAGGCGCCGUUUCCCUUUUCUUGCACUCUUACUGCUUCCUCUAUCCCUCUCCAUUUUCCUCUUUUGCUCCCUCUAACCUUGAAUUUCUUAUGAUGUCUUCAACUCUCUGCUGCUCUUUAUAACCAUUCCUGACCCCCUCCAACCUCCAUCUCAAAAGAGUAUAAAAAUGAAAAUGGUUGGUUUUGGUUGUGAUAUUCCUCACUGGCUUGAAAUUCUUCUGGGGGAGAAGUUCUUUAACGCGUGUGUGGUUCAUGAGUGCGCUAAGAAGAACGAGAAGAACAUCUUUUGCUUGGACUGUUGCACCAGCAUCUGCCCCCACUGUUUGCUCCCUCACCGCCAUCACCGCCUUCUACAGAUACGGAGGUACGUUUAUCACGACGUUAUACGGUUGGAUGAUGCUCAAGAGCUGAUGGAUUGUUCUCUUGUUCAAUCAUACACAACAAACAGUGCAAAAGUGGUGUUUUUGAACCAAAGGCCUAUGUCUCGGCCCUUUAGAGGGUCCGGCAACCUCUGCUACACCUGCGAACGAAGCUUGCAAGACCCAUAUCUCUUCUGCUCUCUCGCAUGCAAGGUUCAUCACACGAUGAACGUCAAAGGUAGUGCCACAAAACACCUCCACAACUUUGAAUUCCUUCCAUUACCUGAUAGAGCACGAGGCGAGACCUUUUCCGAGCUCGACGACCGCCAAAUGACCCCAGAAUCCGUCCUCGACUCCCCUGUUUCUCUCCGAACUUCGUCUGGCUCGAGCUCCACCGGCGGUGCCUUGAGUUGCAGAGCGCUGGCCUGCACUGCCACCACCGAGUUCGUGAAGAAAAAGCGCAGCAGCGUCUCUGUACCUCGGUCCCCUUUCCGUCCGAUCUUCUCACCGGCGUCAGACAACGCCGGUGGAAUAAACAGGAGAAAGGGUGUCCCUCACCGAUCGCCGCUGCACUGAACCUGAGGGAUUUGGGGAUGCGUUUGGUAAUUUUGCGUUUUAUGGGGGUGUUUUAUGAAUGGUCAAUUAGGGAUGGAGAAAGGAGAAUUACUAAAAUCCCGAUUUUGUAGAGCAAAUAUUGUUUCUCAUAGGUACCUAUUUAAUUCAUAUUUACGGAAUGGCACUUCACGUUA